AGACGCGCAGCCCGGAGGAGUUGAUCGAGACCCCGCACAGCUGCGCUCCACUUGACACGUCAGAGGUCAUGCAUCGCAGGCACACCACCCUGCGAGAGAAGGGCCGUCGGCAGGCCAUCCGAGGCCCCGCCUACAUGUUCAACGAACGCGGCACCAGCCUCACGGCGGAGGAGGAACGUUUCCUCGAUGCAGCGGAGUACGGCAACAUUCCCAUCGUCCGCAAGAUGCUGGACGAGUCCAAAACGCUUAACUUCAACUGCGUGGACUACAUGGGGCAAAACGCGCUGCAGUUAGCAGUCGGCAACGAGCACCUGGAGGUCACGGAGCUUUUGCUAAAGAAAGACGGGAUGGCGCGCAUUGGCGAUGCACUUCUUUUGGCAAUCAGCAAAGGUUACGUGCGAAUCGUAGAGGCCAUUUUGGCUCAUCCGGCAUUUGCGGGCGGCUUGAGACUGACUUUGAGCCCGCUGGAGCAGGAACUGAGGGACGACGACUUCUACGCCUAUGACGAGGACGGGACGCGUUUUUCGCACGACGUGACACCGGUGAUUCUGGCCGCGCACUGUCAGGAGUACGAGAUCGUACACAUCCUGCUGAUAAAGGGCGCCAGGAUCGAGCGGCCGCACGACUACUUCUGCAAGUGCUGCGAGUGCACGGAGAAACAGAAACGUGACUCGUUCAGUCAUUCCAGAUCGCGCAUGAACGCGUACAAAGGGCUCGCUAGCGCCACAUACCUGUCGCUGUCCAGCGAAGAUCCCGUACUGACGGCACUAGAGCUCAGCAAUGAACUCGCACGACUCGCCAACAUAGAGACAGAGUUUAAGAAUGACUACAGGAAGUUGUCUAUGCAGUGUAAGGACUUUGUGGUAGGUGUUCUGGAUCUCUGUCGUGACACAGAGGAAGUGGAGGCCAUUCUGAACGGUGAUGUGGACCAGAACCCGCCCACAGAACACCAGAGACCCUGUCUGAGCCGCAUCAAACUCGCCAUCAAAUAUGAAGUUAAAAAGUUGGGUCAGAUAUUACGGAGUCCCUUUAUGAAGUUUGUCGCUCACGCCGUGUCAUUCACCAUCUUUCUGGGUCUGCUGGUUCUGAACGCGUCGGAUCGAUUCGAGGGUGUGAAGAAUCUCCCCAAUGAGACCAUAACAGACCAUCCACGGCAGGUGUUCCGCGUCAAGACCACACAGUUCUCCUGGACCGAGCUCCUCAUCAUGAAAUGGGUUCUGGGCAUGAUCUGGUCAGAGUGUAAGGAGAUCUGGACUGAUGGGCCGCGUGAGUACGUGAUGCACCUGUGGAACGUUCUGGAUUUUGGGAUGCUGUCGAUCUUCGUGGCCUCCUUCACCGCUCGUUUCAUGGCGUUCCUCAAGGCAUCUAAAGCUCAGGUCUACGUCGACCUGCACGUCCCUAACCAUGACAUCAGCAAUGCAUCACUUCCCGCUGACAUUGCCUACUUCACAUAUGCGAGGAACAGGUGGAGGCCGUCCGAUCCUCAGAUCAUCUCGGAGGGUCUGUACGCCAUCGCUGUUGUCCUGAGCUUCUCUCGCAUCGCCUACAUCCUGCCGGCCAAUGAGAGCUUCGGUCCGCUGCAGAUCUCUCUGGGACGAACGGUGAAGGACAUCUUCAAGUUCAUGGUCAUCUUCAUCAUGGUUUUCGUGGCCUUUAUGAUCGGCAUGUUCAACCUGUACUCAUAUUACCUGGGGGCCAAAUAUAACCCCGCCUUCACCACGGUUGAGGAGAGCUUUAAGACUCUGUUCUGGUCUAUAUUCGGUCUGUCGGAGGUGAUUUCUGUGGUUCUGAAGUAUGAUCACAAGUUCAUCGAGAACAUUGGUUACGUUUUAUACGGGGUUUAUAACGUCACCAUGGUGGUGGUUCUUCUCAACAUGCUGAUCGCAAUGAUCAACAACUCAUACCAGGAAAUUGAGGAAGACGCUGAUGUGGAGUGGAAGUUUGCUCGUGCUAAACUCUGGUUGUCAUAUUUCGAUGAGGGAAGGACGCUGCCUGCCCCAUUUAACCUGGUGCCCACUCCAAAAUCCUUCUACUACCUGAUCAUCCGGGUCAAGUCCUGCCUUAUACGACUGUGUAAGGGCAAAGGUCAUCGGCAUGACAACGAGCUGGAGAUGGGAAUGCUCAAUUCACGGCCGAAGACUGAUCGUCAUCGAGCAAAUCUCAGGAGCCGAGAGGAGAACACCAUCAAGAAACCCAUCAAAAACCCCACAAGAUAUCAGAAGAUAAUGAAGCGCUUGAUUAAGCGCUAUGUUUUGAAGGCUCAGGUUGACAGAGAGAAUGAUGAAGUCAAUGAAGGUGAACUGAAGGAAAUAAAACAGGACAUCUCCAGUCUGCGCUACGAACUUCUGGAAGAGAAAUCUCAGGCCACUGGAGAACUGGCUGACCUCAUUCAACAACUCAGCGACAAGUUCGGCAGGAACGCCAAGAAACAACCUUGA